CGGGGAUGCGGACUGGCUGCCUAUUGAGAGCACAAGGUUCUAUACAAAUGCCUUUAUUGUUCAAGACGAGCAGAUUUUGAUGGGCAUGAAGAAGCGCGGCUUUGGAAAGGAUAAAUACAACGGCUUCGGAGGUAAAGUAGAAGGAGGGGAAACCUCCGCCGAAGCAGCGUUGCGCGAAUUACAGGAAGAAGCGGGGAUUACGGCGCCUCUUCAGCACAGCGGCGCCAUGCUCUUCGUGAGCGAGGGUGUUGAGGCAGCUUUCCACAUCGACUACUAUGCUGCGUCGACCUACGAGGGAGCUAUUACAGAGACGGAGGAGAUGCGUCCCGAGUGGUUCGCCGUUCCUAAUCAAUACGCAUCGGGAGAUGCCAAUCAUUCAGCGACUUUGCCCGCCAUCCCGUUUGACAGGAUGUGGGAAGCGGACAAGAUCUGGUUCCCGCUCUUCCUUUCCAGAAAGAAGUUUAACGGGCGCGUCGAUUUCCGGCUGGACGAGAGUGGGCAGCAUAGAUUGCAGAGGUGGUGGUUUGGGACGUUGGCGGAGUCAUGAGCGUGAACUGCAAGUUCUCUACAUUGGUUAUCAAAUUUGUUUACUCUAUAGUGGAUUGGUAUACCUAAGAGUGCGCGCUCUGCAGUAACUUUGGUACAAC